UCAAACAAGGUACAGAAAUCAACAAGGAAACUGCUUUGCAUGGAACAUUAACUCGAAAGACUGGAAAAGAAAGGGAAUCUAGUUUCAAAAAGGGUCUAAAUAUCUUGAAGUUUUCCUCUUAAGAAAUGACAAUUGGAAAAUACAGCUAACUAAUGAUUAACACGGGUUCUCUUAGCUGCGGAGUAUCACUGUGUUAUUUCCUUCCCAAGAAGCUGAGGCGUAAUAAGGUUUGUCAAGAGAUAAUUCGCAGGAGAGCGAAUGGAAGUCAGGUGGUGUUGACAUUGCCAUGACAACUUGUAUUGAGAUACGCCGGCCACUGUUACAGGAAUCAGCCGAUUGCUACUGGCACUUUUUUCCAGGACAAAGACAAAGAAAUCCGUAUCAUGUAAAACUCUCAGCACUGGCUUUCAGUUUGUUGUUGCUAUGGCAGCUAGUUGGAGCAUUUUUGUACAUGGUUCGUGAUGUUGCUUGCUUCCGGGACAAAUCCACUGCAUAUCAGUGCAAAACAGAUGCGGCUUUCCCUUUUUCAGAGGAUGUCACGAUGGUGUGGCUGGCUUCGCUAUGUAUUUUCACCGCUAUCUCUAUAGCUGCCCUUCAGAAUGUUCCGCAGUUCCCCGGUUACAAGGCAAUCUUACAUCGGCUCAAAUACGUUCCUUCAUUUUGGACUUUAAUAAUCCUUUUGACCGUCGCCUUGUUUCGAUAUGUUAAGCUACUAAUUUCUAUCAAAUCUUUGUCAUCUUGGGUCGUAAUUGUUUGCUUAAUAGUAAGUUACAUUCUCAGAACUUUCGUUGUGGGAUUUUUAAAUUACACCAGGUUGAACUCCUUAAAGCAGAAAUAUCCCAUUUACAUUUUUGUUAUAUCUAAACUGACAGUGUUCUUGUUUUUCAUUGUUACCUUUAUCAAUCUCAUGGCUACCCUUUUGGCCCUGAGUGUGGAAAUCCGCGAGAUGCAUAAAACAGAUCGAGCUAAGAACUCGCUCGAUUUGAAUUUGGAUACCGUAAACGAACUGCUGGAGGUCUUUGGUACAACCACUUUUAGAAUUAAGUUAAUGAAAUUCUUUUGGGAAAAGUUUUUCAUCGACGACAGGAACAUUCUUUGUUUCCAUAUACCUUUGGAGUGAGAAAGACAGCGAAAAUCGAGAGAGUUUCAUUCUCGUCCUCAGAGCCACUCGUUUUCGCUUACU